UAAUAAACAAAAUGGCGGACCAUUAAAAGGAAGGAAAAGAUCUUUUCGAGCUUUGUGAAUAAAAAUGGGGAAGAAAAAGAAGCCGUUUAUUGACAAGAAAACUGCUCACAGUUUUCAAGUUGUUCAUCGAAGUCAAAGAGAUCCUUUACAAGCAGACCAGGACAGCUCAAGACAUGUUCUUGUUCCCUUAAAUACCGAAGCUCAGGAAAGUUCUAAAGAUGGAGAACAAGGGUCUUCAAAAGAAGAAAGAAAGGAAGAGCUAACCAAGUUUGGUAUUGAUUUUGAGGAYGAUUAUGACUAUUUUCAACAUCUAAAGACACGCACAGACUGCACUCUUGAACCAUUACCUAGCAAUGUUACUGUCAUUGAGGCCAAGAAACCAGCAAGUAAAGAGUUUGGUGACCUCAAGCUGCCUUCAGAGGCCUUCCCCUCUGUGUACGAAGAAGAGGAGGGUUUGUUAAACUUAGCAGCUCCAGCACCAGGUCCACACCCAGAGUGGGAUCCCGAUAUUGUGGCUGCACUGGAUGGUGACUUUGAUCCAGAUGAUCCCGAUAAUGAGUUAGAAGAUGAUUUUAUACUAAAGGCAAAUAAUCCAGUAUCUGAAGACAUGGACAGUGAUGAUGACUUGAUACGAAGUGAUGAUGAUGAUGAUGAUGGUGGUGGUGUUGAGAGAUAUUUCCCAUCUGAUGAAGGAGAAGACUUUGAGAAUAAUUCAGAAGGAAGUGGGUUCACUUUUGGUGAUGAAGAAACAAAAUCACGGUUUACUAACUAUUCCAUGACAUCCUCCGUUAUCAGGCGGAAUGAAGGAUUAACCUUACUGGAUGACAGAUUUGAAAAAGUUAUGGAAGAAUAUGAUGAGGAUGAGAUAGGUGCUCUAGACCAUGAAGAAAUGGCUGGUAAUGUGAAUCCAGACAGUGAACUCCUGAAUUCUUUAGUAGACGAUUAUGAAAAGAAGGUACCUAAAGUGAGGUUUGCGGACAUGGAGUGUGAUGAUAAAGCAGUCAGACACGAGGCAGAAAGCAGUGACGAGGAAAGUGGCAAUGAAGUUGUCAAGAUAGAUGUAACGCCUAAGGAGCAAUGGGACUGCGAAUCAAUUCUCAGUACAUACUCAAACUUGUACAACCAUCCAACCCUGAUCAAAGAACCUUCAAAGGCGAAACAGAUAAAGCUAUCAAACAAAACUGGUAUACCGAUAGGUGUGCUUCCUACAAAACCAACCAGCAAAAAUAGUACAGAUCAAGAUGAGAUGGACACAGGAAAGAACAUAUUAAUAUCUGGACCAAGAACUAAAGAUGAAGAUAAAGAAGCGAAAAUAAACAGGAAAAAAGCUGUGAAGGAAGAAAGAAGGGCGAGACGCGUUGAGAAAAAGACAAAUAAGCUAACCUUCAAGGCAGAACGGAAGCGUCAAGAACAAUCUCUACUAAACGCUAAAGCUCAAAAAGGACAAAAGCUUUAGAUAUUUAUACGUUUAUUAUAGCCAAAUGGAAUCAUAAUCAAUGGAACCUUUUAUCUACAGUUGAUGGCAUUGACCAAGAGUGCAUACACUUUGCAGUAUGUCAUAACAUAGAAAUGGCUUCCCAUUGUUUCCUUGCGGUUCGCCUAAUCAAAUCAGAUUCGGUCAGAGUAAAACAUGAUAUUGCGACAGUACAGUUGCGAAUGUCGGCGUAUUUCCCGCCUAAAAAAAUCACUAUGCCUUGUAAAAACGUGUAUUUAGAAGGGGAAAUAUUCUGUGUAAGUCUAAGUUGCCUUUCAUUUUCUCUCGGUUGUGUAGCUGUAAAGUGGUUGCCUGGCACCACUAUGCUCUGUAAAUGAAACUAAGUCUCCUCGCAAUUGAAACACCAUAAAGAACUCUCAGUUUUUCCUACGCUACAGUUACUUCAAUGUUAGUUUUAUACAUUUUAAUACAAAAUGUACUGAGGACAUAAAUUUGUUUUAAUAAUU